AAAAUAUCUAAGACUUUAUCCAUAUAUCUAUUAAAUUAUCAAUAUUUAUAUGAAUUUAUUAAAGUAUAUAGCAUUUUAUCAAAAAUCUGACAAAUUAUACAUUUUAUCAAAAUUUUAAAACUAACCCAUUUGCAAUUGUUUUCAACCCACUUAUGAACUUUUCCUAAGCUUUUUACGGAGUAGAACCUCCGAAAAAUUGAAGCAUACGAAAAAAUCUACCACCGAACUUACCAUCCUAUAUAAGCCAAAAGAAACAAAUAUUAAAAGUUACGUAGAAACGGCGCUUCUUCUCAAAUAUAUAAAUGGAAAAGCGCUUCGUUUUGAAAAACCCUAAACCCUGAAAGAAAGGACAGAACUUCAAGUAGCUCAAGAAAGAGGUAGCAAAGCAAGGAAGAAAUGAACUAAAAAUACAUUUGAUUUUCCUUUUCCUUUUACUCUUAAUUUUUUUUCUUUUAAAGUGAUUUUGCAGGUUAAAACGCAAAGAAAACUGGCGUUGCUUCCGAGCCGUGCAUAUCUUUUUCUGGAUUAAAAAGCUGCGUUUUUUUUUUUUAUAAUUAAUAUAUAGUUUGUUUGUUUAUUUUUUUGUCUUGAGGGAGAAAUGUCUAUGGACGGGAGUUUUAGUCUUGAAUUGUCACUUCAGAGGUUUCUUGCUCGCUGCCCUAAGGUUGGGCUUGUUCGGCGCUUCCAGUCCCUUGUGGAAAAGGGAUGCCUGGUGACUGAAGAAGAAGUAGUGAGUUCUCUGGCAGAGUUACUUCUCCACCCUAAGUACACAAUUCCAUUGAUUGGGUGCUUUCGCCCAAUAGCACGAAGAGUGGUGGACAAAGCUGUGACUUUGCUACGGCUUGUGCCUAGUUUGAGGUCAAAUUUAGGUGCUAGUGCUGCUGAAUCAGGAUAUCUUGAUGAUGAUGAAGUUAUUAAUGUUAUUGAGUUCCAUAUUCAACAUGGGAGGGGUUUGGAUCUUCAUGAGCUUGCUUGCCUAGCUUUCUGCCGUGCCCUUGAUUUGGCUCCUUUUUUGUUGGGGUCUGCAUUAAAUUACUUCAAAUUUGCUCCUCCUCCUUUUGAGCGCAUUUUGAUGAAAUGGAGUGAUUUUGAGCUAUCUGCAGAGGUUAUUACUCAUUACUUGCAUGUUGUGCGGACAUCUUAUCGCCUUCUGGUUGCGGAAACCAAUGUUUUCUCUAAAUAUUGGGAUUGGUCAUGUUUCUUGGACUUCGUAAGGGAGGUUGUAAAUCUUGAUCAAGGCAGUGAUAUCAGCUUUCAAAAGGAUAUCUCUGACAUAAGAUGGUGUGGCAUACGGAUACUAUCUGUAAUCUUAAAUAUGAAUGACAAGGCAGUCUCAAAGUUUGGUGUUGGGGCCGAAGAAGCACAUUCUUGUUUUCUGCGAUGGGAGGAAUUCUGCCAAGAUAUAGCUAUUGAGAAAGCUGGUGCAUAUUUUGGAACCUUUGAACACAAUAAGUUGGAUUCUGAAAAUAUAGAACUUAGUUUCAGCCAAGAAAACUACCAGCAAUCUUGUGGCCUUUGUUCUUUUACAUCAUCAGAAUUUCAUGAAAAUGAGCCACCUUUAAGAAAUCAGAGGCUGGUGGAGUGGGAUGAUAAGUCAGCUGGAAUACCUUUUGUCAUGACUUCUAGAUCAAAGCGAAGUUUUGAGAUGGUGCUCUUGGCAGUCAGUCAAAAAUGGCCUGUUCUUCUGUAUGGCCCUGCAGGUGCUGGGAAAUCUGCCCUUAUUAGCAAGAUGGCCUCUGAUAGUGGGAACCAUGUUCUUUCUAUUCACAUGGAUGAUCAAAUUGAUGGAAAAACAUUGGUUGGGAGUUAUGUUUGUACCGAGCAACCUGGUGAAUUUAGAUGGCAGCCUGGAUCACUUACUCAGGCUGUUCUGAAUGGAUUUUGGGUUGUAUUUGAGGAUAUUGACAAAGCACCAUCAGAUGUGCUAUCUAUUAUAUUACCGUUGUUGGAAGGUUCAAGCUUAUUUAUAACUGGUUUCGGGGAGGAAAUUAGGGUGGCCGAGAGCUUCCGUUUGUUUUCAACUAUUUCUACUUCCAAAAGUGAUAUCUCUCACGGAAUAGAAGGUGGGAAUUUGAAUGGAGUCCUGUGGAGGAAAGUGAUGAUUGAGCCACCAAGUAAUCUUGACUUAGAAAAGAUAGUAACAGCAUGGUAUCCAAAUUUGGAGCCUCUUGCUAAAAAGCUUGUAGAAACUUUUGAAGGGGUUAACUUCGUCUAUCUACACCAAUCUGUGGACUUCAAUCCUGGAAAAUCUGUUUCCUUAAGUUCACUCAGCAAGUUCUCAUUGAGGGAUCUACUCAAGUUGUGCAAGAGAAUUGCUGGAUUGGGUUAUAGUUUUUCGUCUGAUGUUCUGCCAGCCUCUGAACGCUCUUGGAUUUAUCAGGAGGCUGUGGAAGUUUUUGCUAGCUUUUCAACAUCAGUUAGAAACAGGCUGGCUAUAAUGAAAGAGAUUGCAAAGAAGUGGGCGGUUUCAACUUAUCAGGCAGAAACUUUGUAUCCUCACGAUGAACCUAUAAUUAAGGAUUUGCUUUCUGAACUUAGGAUUGGACGAGUCACUCUUCAACGAACUGAAGCAACUUUAUAUGAUGAAAAGAGACCUUUUGUCAAGAUUCGUAGUUCUUUGCAUAUACUUGAGAGAAUAGCUUGCUCUGUUAAGUACAAUGAGCCUGUUCUAUUGGUUGGUGAAACUGGCACAGGGAAGACUACACUUGUGCAGAAUCUGGCUAUGAGGCUAGGGCAGAAACUUACUGUUCUGAACUUAAGUCAGCAAAGUGAUGUUGCUGAUCUAUUAGGAGGAUUCAAGCCUAUGGAUGCUCGGUCUAUUUGCAUUCCCCUAUACAAUGAAUUUAAAUUUCUUUUUUCAAGGGCAUUUUCCUUGAAGGGAAACGAUGAAUAUUUUGCUCGUUUGCAAGAGCUUUUGUGCAGUAAGAAUUGGGAGAAGUUACUUCGUAAACUUAAGAAUGGUGUUAAUUUAUUCAAAAAGUUAAUCGAACAAGAGAGGUCUGGCUCAGCAAGAAAGCGGAAAAAACCUUUAGAUGUGGAAAAGAAAGUAAAAGCUUGGGAGGAUUUUUCUGCUAGACUUGAAACUGCCCACAGGCAGAUUGCUUCUUCUGGGAUGGUGUUCUCCUUUGUAGAAGGUGUCUUUGUGACUGCGCUUAGAAAUGGUCAGUGGGUUUUGCUUGAUGAGGUGAAUUUGGCUCCUCCUGAGAUUUUGCAGAGAGUUAUUGGUGUUCUUGAAGGCGAGAAUGGGUCACUUUGUUUAGCUGAAAGAGGUGAUGUCAGUAAUAUUAACAGGCAUCCUAAUUUUCGUAUAUUUGCUUGCAUGAAUCCUGCAACUGAUGCUGGGAAGCGGGAUUUGCCAUAUGCUUUACGGAGUAGAUUUACAGAAUACUUUGUUGAUGAUAUAUUGGAUGACCAAGAUUUGGACAUAUUUAUUCAAAAAUUUUUGGGUGACAGUGGAUCAGGUAGUGAUCUAGUAGAAAGAAUUAGGUGUCUUUAUAAAGUAGCAAAGAAGGAUUCUGAGGAAAGGCUGCAAGAUGGGGCUAAUCAAAAGCCACAAUACAGUUUAAGGUCUCUGUACAGGGCACUAGAAUUUACAAGGAAAGCAGAGAGAAAAUUUGGGUUUCAGAAUGCAAUUUAUGAUGGUUUCUAUAUGUUUUUUGUUAGUUUAUUGGAUAGGCCAAGUGCGAAGAAAAUGAAGGAAAGGAUUUUGCACUAUCUGUUAAGAGGAAGUAAACCUUCUUAUGUACCUUUUCAUCAGUACAUAAUGAUUAAAGAAAACUCCAGUUCUAAUGAAUUCUUGAAGAACUAUAUGCUGACUGAGACUAUUAAGAAGCAUCUAAGGAACUUGUCACGUGCUGUUUUUAUUAAAAGAUAUCCUGUACUUUUACAAGGUCCAACUUCUAGUGGGAAGACUAGCCUUGUUCAGUAUCUUGCUACCAUCACUGGUCAUGAAUUUGUUAGGAUAAACAAUCAUGAACACACUGAUCUGCAGGAGUAUUUAGGUACUUACAUAACCGAUGCCCAUGGGAAGCUUGUAUUUCAGGAGGGUGUGUUGGUUAAAGCAGUUCGAAAUGGUUACUGGAUUGUUUUAGAUGAGUUAAAUUUGGCUCCAACUGAUGUUCUAGAGGCACUAAACCGGUUGCUUGAUGAUAACAGGGAGCUCUUUGUGCCUGAACUACGUGAAACAAUUCGAGCACAUCCAAAUUUCAUGCUUUUUGCGACUCAAAAUCCACCUACUUUCUAUGGUGGGCGUAAAAUGCUUUCUCGAGCAUUUCGCAAUCGGUUUGUGGAGAUUCAUGUUGAUGAAAUACCAGAAGAUGAAUUGAGCACAAUUUUGAAGCAAAGGUGUCAGAUACCUGAAAGCUAUGCCAAGAAAAUGGUUGAGGUUAUGAAGGAGUUGCAGCUGCAUCGCCAAAGCAGCAAAGUAUUUGCUGGAAAACAUGGAUUUAUAACUCCAAGGGACUUGUUCCGUUGGGCUGAUCGCUUCAGAAUUUCUGGGAUAUCUUAUGAAGAUUUGGCGAGGGAUGGAUAUCACCUUUUGGCUGAGAGGCUACGGGUUGAGGAUGAGAAACGCGUAGUUCAAGAAGUUUUGGAGAAACAUCUCCGUGUCAAACUUGUCAAAGAUGACUUAUACAAAUCGGAGUUGCUUGGUGAGGAGCCUGUUCCGGAGAGUUUUGGGAAUGUUAUCUUAACUACAAGCAUGAGAAGAUUGUACUUCCUCGUUAGACGUUGCUAUAAGUUCCGUGAGCCAGUGCUCCUUGUUGGUGAAACUGGUGGUGGGAAGACUACAGUGUGCCAGUUACUGAGUAUUGCCUUGGGGUUAAAUUUACACAUUUUGAAUUGUCACCAGUAUACUGAAACGUCUGAUUUUCUUGGGGGUUUCUAUCCAAUUCGAGAUAGAUCUAGGUUGUCCUCAGAAUACAAACAUGUGAUUGAACGAUUGAAGCCAUUGAAGGCCCUUAUUAAUUUUCCUGAAGAGUUGGAUAUUUCUUCAGAUAUUAAUCAUGCUUCAUCAACCCUUAAUCAGCUGAAUGUAGUUAGCAGAAAAUACAGACAAGGGCUUCUUUCAAAUUCUGUUGUUACUUUGCAAGAUAUUGAUAGUUUAGAGGAGGUUAAACAGGAGCUUGAUCAGCUUAAUCGUAAAUGGCAGACAAUUUUUAUGUGGCAAGAUGGGCCUCUUGUUCAGUCUAUGAAGUCUGGUGACUUAUUUCUUGUUGAUGAAAUUUCUUUGGCUGAUGAUAGUGUGCUGGAAAGGUUGAAUAGUGUGUUGGAGCCCGAAAGGAAACUGUCUUUGGCUGAGAAAGGAGGAAACGUCCUAGAGAAUAUUACAGCUCAUGAAAACUUCUUAGUUCUUGCAACUAUGAAUCCUGGUGGUGACUAUGGUAAAAAGGAAUUAUCUCCUGCCCUUCGUAAUAGGUUUACUGAGAUAUGGGUUCCAUCUGUCAACGAUUUGAUCGAGCUUAAGAGUAUUGCUUUGAAUAGAUUAUCCCGCUUUGAACUGUCGUAUAUUGUUAACCCUAUGGUCAACUUCUACGAGUGGUUUAAUCAAUUGCAAAUUGGGAGGUUCCUCACUGUCAGAGAUCUUCUAUCUUGGAUAGCAUUUGUUAAUAUGUCUAAAUUGGGACCAGAGCAUGCGUUUAUUCAUGGCGCCUUCCUUGUUUUGCUUGAUGGAUUGAGUUUAGGGACUGGUCUUUCUAAAAAGGAUUGUUGUAAAUUGAGGGAAAGAUGCUUGUCUUUUCUUUUAGAGCUGUUACAGCUGGACGAUAAGAAUUUAUUGUACUCAAAAUUGUCAAAAAUGGAGAACUAUGGUUGGGGUGAUAUAGGAGCACCUACAGAAGUUAACACAGAUAGCAUGCUACACAAUGAUGUCUUUGGUAUUGAUCCCUUUUAUAUUGAAAAAGGUUCUGAAAAGAUUGAAGCAGGGGGAUUUGAGUUUUUGGCACCUACUACACGGAAAAAUGCUUUACGAAUGUUGAGGGCCAUGCAACUUUCAAAGCCAGUUCUAUUGGAAGGUAGUCCAGGGGUUGGGAAGACAAGUUUGAUAGUUGCAUUAGGAAAAUUUUCGGGGCAUAAAGUAGUUCGCAUAAACUUAUCUGAGCAGACUGACAUGAUGGAUUUGCUGGGGUCUGACUUGCCUGUCGAGAGUGAUGAAGGAAUGAAGUUUGCUUGGUCUGAUGGAAUUUUAUUGCAGGCUUUGAAGGAGGGUUGUUGGGUUUUGCUGGAUGAACUUAAUCUUGCUCCACAAUCUGUCUUAGAGGGUUUAAAUGCAAUAUUGGAUCAUCGAGCUGAGGUUUUUAUUCCAGAACUUGGUCGUACUUUUAGUUGCCCGGCAUCCUUCCGAGUUUUCGCUUGUCAGAAUCCUUCUUCUCAAGGUGGUGGGAGGAAGGGGCUACCGAGGUCUUUUCUUAAUCGUUUCACUAAGGUAUAUAUUGAUGAGUUAGUUGAGGAGGACUACCUUUUCAUCUGCAGCUCACUUUAUCCAUCAAUUCCAUGCCCGGUACUUUCAAAUUUGAUCUCAUUUAAUAAACGGUUACAUGAGGAUACCAUGUUGCAUCACAAGUUUGCUCAGAAUGGAUCACCUUGGGAGUUUAAUCUGCGUGAUGUGCUUCGGUCAUGCCAGAUCCUACAAGGUACACCAGUUGGUAGCUUCAUCAAUCUUAUCUAUGUUCAAAGAAUGCGUACUGCAGCUGAUCGCAGACAAGUUAUGCAGCUGUAUGAACAGGUUUUUGGGGUUAAACCAUCUAUAAAUCCUUUCCCAAGAGUGCAGCUAAAUCCUGAUUACUUGAUUGUUGGGAGUGCUGCUAUUAAAAGAAAAUUUUCACAGCCAUCGAGUAAUUCUAGUCAGCUGAAAGUUCUGCCCAGUGUUCGUUGCAAUUUAGAAGCUGCUGCACAUUGUGUACAGCGAGGAUGGUUGUGUAUCUUGAUUGGCCCACCAUCAUCUGGAAAAACCUCAUUGAUAAGGUUGCUGGCUGAGCUUACUGGCAAUGUACUACAUGAAUUAAAUCUGUCAUCAGCAACUGACAUUUCUGAACUGCUUGGAUGUUUUGAGCAAUAUAAUGCCCUUCGUGAUUUUCGCUUGGUUGUUGCUCAAGUUGGUCGUUUUGUUAAUGAGUAUAGCAGUAUGUUAUUGGAGACCUCCAUGAAGACAUUCUUACAUGACAGAAAGGAUUUAAUUGCCAGAUGGCUUGCUUUUUUUUCUGAUGUUAAUUCUGACUUGGUGCCAUGUUCUUUUUUGUGCUCUGAGGUUUCGGAUGGCUUUUACAAGUCUCUUUCUUCAUUGAUUGAAAUUAUUGAACAGCUGAAGUCCGAUUUAGAAAAAAAUGUUUUGCCUAUUUCAUGGGCAAGAGAGGAUCUGGAAAGAACCAUGAAAACCAUAUUGAAAUUGCAAGAGCACAUGAAAAGGCCGUCUUCUGUUAAGUUUGAAUGGGUUACAGGAUUAUUGAUAAAGGCUAUAGAGAAUGGAGAAUGGAUUGUUCUUGAGAAUGCAAAUCUUUGUAAUCCUACGGUUCUUGAUAGAAUAAACUCUUUGGUGGAACCAGAUGGAACAAUUACUGUAAAUGAGUGUGGGUUUGUUGAUGGAAAACCUGUUGUUCUCCGCCCACACUCUAAUUUUCGGAUGUUUCUCACCGUAAACCCAAGCUUCGGUGAAGUAUCUCGAGCGAUGCGAAACAGAGGUGUUGAAAUAUUCAUGAUGGAUCCGUAUUGGAUUUUUGAGGAAGGAAGUGGAUAUAGUUCUGAGGAGCUAGAAAUGAAAGAUGUGCAGAGAUUUCUUGUUCUUGCAGGCAUUCCUGGCGUUAAGUUAGUUGACUCAAUGGCGAAAGCACAUGCCUAUGCUAGGAUUGAAGGUUUAUGUCUUAAUGUACGCAUCACUUAUCUUGAGCUUGCACGGUGGGUUCAAUUAUUUCAGCACCUUCUCAUGAAUGGUAAUCAGGUGCUAUGGAGCCUCCAAAUAAGUUGGGAGCAUACCUAUCUUUCAUCUUUUGGCGAGGCUGAAGGGAUUAACAUUGUCAAUCAUGCGAAGAAUGCUUAUUUGUCGGUGACUGAAUUGCAUGCAUCCAAUUCAUCACUGGAGUCUUCUCUUUGUUUACCUGGAGGGUGGCCAAUACCGUUAACUUUGAGAGAUUUUACAUGGUAUUCAAAAGGGGCCUUGGUCAAGCAGAAUUGCUCAUAUUUGGAGUUCUUGGGAGCACACUAUGCAUCACAUGAACUUGCAAUUGGUAUCUGUCCUGUUGAGGACAUGUUACAUAGGUUUGGAUGCAAGCAAACAUAUCUAUUGAACUCUAAGAUGUUACAUAGGAUUCUCUAUCCUCAUGUUUCUAAAAGAUUGACUUCAGAUUCUGAUGACAAAAAGGAAUUUAACUUAAAUGUUGUAGAUAAGAUGAUGUUGUUCGCUGCAAACUGGGUAAUUGAACAGGCAACAGAAGAUGAUUUUCAGCUGUAUCUUCAGUGGUUUAGCUGGUUUAGUUUUCAAUUGGAGCCAUAUGGUCAGUUUUUCGAAUCUUUUUUAACUUCACUUGAACAGGAAAGGAGGCAUCCGAUUUGGACCUAUAUAAUUCACUGUCGUCAAGAGCUUAUAUUACUUAAUCAAGUAAAUACGAACUUGCAUCCAACCGCUAUGCUUUCUCUGGAAUUAUUUAAUUUAACUUCAUCAGACCAUUUGUCAAAUUCAUCAAGUAAGCUCCUGUAUGACGCUGUUCGCUGUGUGGGCCUACUCAGACUUAGUUAUCAACAAUGGAAUGCUGAAAGUAGGCAUAAAUACACAGAUGAGUCACAUUGUUUCAUACCUUUUCUGGAAGCUCUUCGCAGUUUGGAGGAGGAAGUCUUAAGAAUGCUUGUUGGGUCUACUUCUUUUGAUUUGUUAUAUGAUUUUUACACCAAUCUCCUUGAAGAUCAUAUACUGUUUUGGGAAGCUCUUAUCUCAUGGCAGCUUGAGGGCUUGCUGGUAUCUGGGCGUUCAUUAUUAAAAGAUGCUGAAAAGCUGAAGGAAUUUUGCCCUACUGCAGUUAAGAAUAUGCUGGAAACUAAGAAUCUUGCUCAACCUUUAUCGUUGCGAUUCGAUUGGGAGAGAUCACUGCUAUGGGUUCAUGGGGGCCACCCAAUACUGCCCCCAUCUCCCAAAUUGUAUUAUCAACAGCGUCAGCUUUUACAGUUUUGUGAGCUAGUUUGGCCAACAAAGGGAAAAUUAUGCACGAAGGCAAACGAGAUUCCUAUUGAGAUUGUUGUGUCUGUUGAUCCUGAACUUCGCUUCAUUGCAUUGGAAGGCAUUUGCAUGUCAUCCUUUAUUAUGGGUAAACGUGAUGAAGAUGAAAUCCAUGUUUUUCAUCAAAUGGGGGAGGUGUAUCAGAUGCUUUUGAAACGGUUUGAACAUGAGAAAUGCAAAUUGUUGAGCAAAUAUGGGACUGGUGAAGUUAUUUUUGGGGCAAACUCUACUACAUGUGAUUUUGGUUCUGAAAUGUUGUGUUCAAGGUCUGGUUUUGACAGUUGGCUGGAUAUACAUCCGAUAGUUGACUGUGCUAGUUGUUUCCUAGAUAUGGAGCUACUUCAAGAGCUAUCAUUGCUCAUGUUUGUUGAUAGUGGGGACCUACAACGAAAGGGUUUAGUUGAUCUGUCUAGCCUUUUGGAAUCUAACAUUAAACAUUCCCUGACUUAUUCAACAAGGCCUCCGCAAUCUUUUGUACCACAUCAAAAGCUGUUAUGGUUAAUUGAUGCAUGGACAUCAGUGGAUGCAGUGCAUGCAAAAGUUUCUAGUUUUAUACUAGAGAUGUGGUUUUGGUGGCAUUCAUUCCUGUGGAGCCAGUUCACUGAUCCUGUCAUGGUAUGUUCAUCAGAAAGCUCUGUGCUUUUAUUUCAUGGAUGCCUUUCAAAAUUCAUGAUUUGCUUCUUAUUCCAGAAUUUCUCAGUAAUUGAUGGUUAUGAUGUUCCGCUACCAAAUGCACUUUUUCAGCCUGUGAGAACAGCUAGCGUUGCCAAAAUAUUGCAAAGUACACAUGAUAUCAAGGACUUUUCUGUGCUUUCUAUGAAGCUUAAGGUUUCUUCAUGUGUUCUCUCGCAAAUUUCAUCCCCAAGGACGGAUACAUAUAACUUUCUUUUUUCUGCUGCUCGCUCUCUUUUCCAACAGAUUAUUUAUUCACAUAAAAAAUCAUUUGAUGCUGAGAAGUUUGCUGCCAUCAAGUCUAUUCUCUGUUCAUCUUCAGACAGUGUGACGGACAAAAGUAUAGAGCUUGUAAGCUUGCUUAUUGCAUCAUCAAGUCAUCAAUGUCUGCAGUCGUUGAUCCCUUUACACAUUGAUCCACUGCUCAAAGGACUAUAUCUUAAUGGCUCAUCUACUGAAUCGUACUGGGAUCUUGGUAUUGCUUGGAUGCAUAUUGGAGGAUUACGUUUUGAACUCUUGCUUAGAUGUGAUAGUAUGGAUCCUGCCAAAAAAUAUUCAUGGAAAUUGUCCCAUUUAGAAGAAAAGAUUGUUUCUUCUAAACUUGAGAUGAAGGUGCGGCAAGAAUGCAAUUAUUUGGCCGGAUGGUCUUCAUCGAAAGAAACUGAUAGCAGGAUGUCCCAAGCAUUAGAAAAGCUUGAAAUUGAACGUAGGAAGCUGCUAAGGAAGAUUGUUUUCCGCCCUGAUCCUGCAAAAUUCAAAGCACUGAGAAAAGAAUGUGAUGAGUUUCUUGUACUUGUUGAUUCUUCUACGAGUUUGGUAAAAGAUACUGAAGGCAUGGAGUUGCAACAGAUUGUUGACAAAGUGUGCAACUGGCAGGAGACAGCCAGCUGUUUCAUUGAUCAUUUGUCAAAUGAAUAUUCCGAGUAUAUUGAUGUAGCCCAGCCAAUUCAAGUGGCUGUAUAUGAAAUGAAGCUGGGCUUAUCACUUGUUCUGUCAAGUGUGUUGCGGAAAAAAUAUCUUGACAGAAUCCAGGAGGACAAUAUGGAUAGAGUAACGGAGUUGAUCCACUCGUUUAUGAGGUUCCCAAGGGGCUGCCCAUCUAAGUUAGUUUCUGUCAAUGACAGGAGGCUGCCAAUGUUUUCUUCCCUUGACAUGCCUUGUAUUACAAAAUUCUCUGAAAGAGAGUUGAGCUUGUUGGAAAAGUUGGUUACCAUUUCCAGUGAUGUCAAAACUGAAAAAGGAUCUGUUUUGCAACUGAAAGCUGCUCUUUAUAAUAACGUUCUUAUUCGUAUUGCACAUUCGGUGGCUACUUCAAAGUUGAUGGAUGAUGCAUCUUUUAUGCUAUUGGACAAAAUCUUCUCUGGAUUUGCAACCAUUUGGAUGCAUAUGAAAAUUCAAGGGAAGAAUCAAGAAGACCUUCAUGGUCAAUCUUUUAAGUUCAGACCUAGGGCAUUUAGAAUUGAAAAUGUGAUGGAAGUGGAUAUAUCAGCUUUGGGCAAGAUGCUUUCAAGUGACAACUUCACUGAAUGGCAACAAUUGCUGUCUGAUGAAGAAUCCACUGAAAUAAUGGAAGAGGGAGAGAGAAAUGAAAAUUUACAGGAUGAAUGGAGCCUAAUGGAAGAAUCUAUUCUGAUUAACAUGAUCCAUAUACACAAUCAAUUGUUUGGGUCCAGCAAUCUUGUCCUCACUCCUGGAUCUUUUCAAAUCACUGAUGUGGACAGAUUGCAUUCCUUCAGUGGCUCUUACACUUUGGGAGUUGGAAUGAUCAAAGGUUUUGGAGGUCUAUUUUCUUCCACUUUGGAUGCCAAACUUGUGCCGGAGCAUCUACUUCGACUCUGGUGGGAGUAUGAAGAGAAGUUUCCUUCAUCUCAUAAAGCUGCUUGCAAAUAUAAUUUUUACAAGGAUUCAAAUACUAACAUAAUGGCCGAAAUGGUGGAGUUACUCAUUACUCUUAAGAAGCGAGUUCUCACUCUUUUAAGUGAAUGGGAAGAUCACCCUGGUCUACAAAAAGUCCUGGAUGUGAUUGAAAUGCUAUUGGCUAUUCCACUGUGCACCCCUUUAGCUAAGGCUCUAUCAGGAUUGCAGUUUCUGCUUAACAGGACCCGGAUUUUACUGGAAAAUGGAUCAAAAUUUUCUCUCUCUGAACAACUUGAACCCCUUAUUUCUUUGGUGUGCUCGUGGCAAAAAAUGGAGUUUGACUGUUGGCCUGUGUUGCUUGAUGAGGUUCACGACCAAUGUGAUGUAAAUGCUGCGAAGUUAUGGUUUCCGCUUUACUCUGUUCUUCAUCCAAGGCAUUCCUCUGAUUCUGCCGGACAUGAUCAGUCUACAAUUGCAAGUUUGGAGGAGUUCAUUCAAACAUCAAGCAUAGGUGAAUUCAGGAAGCGCCUUCAACUUCUUUUUGCAUUCCUGGGACAAAUAAUUAGUGGUAGAAGUCUUGGAAUAUAUUCAAGCCCUUGGCAAGAGGAAAAUAUCAAAAUUUUGUACAACAUAUUUGGAUUCUACGUGCAGUUUUUACCGCUUGUAAUGGAGUUGAUAGAAGCUAAUAGAAAAAGAAUAGAGACUGAACUGAAAGACCUUCUGAAGUUGUGUCGGUGGGAUCGUUUUGAGAAUCAGUUGUCCUUUGAUCACUUGAGAAAGCCUCGGCAGAAGAUCCAGAAACUAAUACAGAAGUACAGUGAUAUGUUGCAGCACCCUAUUAUGCUUAUUCUUAAUGAAGAGGCAGGACAGAAAGGAUUGAAAAUUGUUUCAAUGCAAAGCCCAAAGCUACUCAACGAUACCUCUGAGAGCAUUAGGAUGUUAAAUUCUGUUUUAAAUCUGACACAGUUUAGUGAUGAAUACAGGUCUCUGUGGUACACCAACUGGGGCAAGAAAGUAAAUGACACCCUUCAAAACUUGCACCUUGAGAAGAUAACUGAAUUACAUUUUAUCAAUUCUGAAGGUGUCACAAGGCAGUUCUCCUUCACCCAAAUUGCAUGUUUAUCUUUCCAGGAUGAGUGGAAUGAUUUGUGGCACACACUUGAAAAAAUAGGUAGAACGACUAUGGAUUGUGGUGACCUUUGGAUGGAUGUUAACAGAAGUCAAGGGAAGAAGAGGGCGUUGUCUGAACUUCUAAAGCUGUUAGAAAGCACUGGGCUACAUAGACACAAGUUUGAAAUUAUGGAGAUAUCAAAUCCUUCAAGCUGGUUAUUCCUUCAGCCCUCAUAUGAUGCAAAGCAUUUGUUGAUGGCACGAACUAGGCUACCUAAUGGAGUUGCUGAUGUUGCUUCUAAUGUGGAAAAAUGUUUGCCGAAGGAAAAUCUGGAUUCUGAAUGGAAAACAGUUAAUGAGUUUUACUUCAAAAGCUUGGCUGCAGUGCAGGUUCUUCAACAGAUUCGCCUGAAACAUCAUCAAGAUUUUACAUCUGAACAGGUUAGCCGGUCAGUUUCUUAUCUUAGCCAUCUUUUAACUAUACUACAAAUGCAAAGAGAAGCUGCCUAUGAUUUUGCGAGACAAUUAAACACCUUGCACAAAUAUGCCACUGCUCUGGAAAGUUCAUUUUCGCGUUGCACGGAUUCUUUUGGAAAAGCAAAUGGAUGUUGUGUAUUUGCUAAAAGUCAACAUGCCACCUUUAACAGCUUGUGGCAACAGAAGCAACUGUUUGAUAAUCUGGACGCAAUGUUGAUUGAAGAGUCUCUGUUGCUCAGAACUGUAGAAUCUACCCAUUUGAACUCUUGUCAAAAUGUCAAAGCUGUAGCAAAUAGGAUCCUUGGUGUCAUUGAAGAAUUUAUCCCAACUUUAAAGAAAUCUAAGGAAUUAUUGGACAACUAUUUUGUUGGUUGUGAUGGAUCUAUAGUCACUUUGGCUGGUACCAUUCAUCCUUAUGUGAUUUCGGAGCAGAUGGAACAAUUGGUGCUUCAUAACUUCCAAGUGCUUCAGGAGUUUGAGCAGAAGCUUUCUGUUUCUGUCAAGGGAGAUUUUGAAAAAAAUUCAAUUGUAGAGUCUGUGCUCAGUCAUUUUGGUGAAAGAUUCAAUAAGGGGAAGUUGAUCGCUGAAUGGUUUAGGGUAGCCUUUGAGAAGGAUAAUGAAUGCAAAAAUCUUCAUGAGCUAGCUGGUCCUUGUGAAAAGUGUCCUGAACUUGAGGCUCAGUUUGGUGAUGCCUUCAAAAGAACAAUUACUCAUGUUAUGGACGUGUUGCAAAAGUUAGGUUCACUGGAUAACCAUGUAUCUAAACCUGAAGCUCAAUCAGCGAGUAUAACAGCAUGGGAGUCCCUAUUUAAAUCUGUAAAUUUGAGAGUGGAUGAACUAUGUAAUAAGGUUCUUGAAACAAUCCAGUUUGCAGAAUAUCUGAUAAGUCAUUCUGGCAAGAAUAUUUUCAGUCUCUCUGUGCAUUGUGGAACAAACUUAAAGUGCAUACAUGCCUUGCUGGACUUAAUAUCAAGCUUUAGUGAUAGUUUCCUUGAAGACUUCUUAGUUAUGCAUAAAACGGUUUCUGUAGUUACUCAUGGACUUGCAAAUAUAUUAGCUGAAUUGUUUGCCAAAGGAUUUGGUGUUUCACCGAAAGACCAGGAAGAUGAUACCAGUCAUGAUAUGACUAGAGAUGCCAGUGGGACAGGUAUGGGGGAAGGUGCUGGGGUAAAUGAUGUCAGCGACCAGAUAAAUGAUGAAGAUCAGCUACUUGGCGCAUCUGAAAAGCCAAGCGAAGAACAAGAUGCCUCAAAUGAUGUUCCAAGUAAGAAUGAAAAAGGAAUUGAGAUGGAGCAGGAUUUUGCUGCUGAUACAUUUAGUGUCAGUGAGGAUGACUCUGGGGAGGAUAAUGACGAAGAUACUGAGGAUCAGCAAUUGGAGUCUGCUAUGGGGGAAACUGGAGAAAAGAGUGAAGUGGUUGAUGAGAAGCUUCAGGACAAGGAUGAUGAUGAGAAUCCAAAUAACAAUGAAAAGUAUGAAUCUGGGCCUUCAGUUAGGAACAGUGACAUGAGCAGUAGGGAGUUCAGAGGCAAGGAAGAUUCUGCUGGUAAUGCUGAUGAACGUGAAGAAAAUAAAGUGAAUGAACUUGAGAAGGAAACUGGUGAGAGUGAAAAUCAGGCUGAUAUCGAUGAGAAUGAGAACAUUGAAGACAUGAACUUAAACAAAGAAGAGGCAUUUACUGAUCCAACUGGAUUGGAACUUGAUGAGCUGAAUCAAAAUUCUAGUGAAGAUAUCAACAUGGAUGAAACUGAUGUUAAGGAAGAUGAUGGUGCUGACGAGGAAGAAGAAUCUGCUAAAGAUGGCACUGAUGAAGGUAACUCAAAUCCUGUUGAUGAAACUAAUGAAGAGAUGGAGAGUGAAAGACAUGAUGGAGCUGCUGAAAAGGAUGAUAUGGUGGAUGCUACUUCUGAGAAGGAUGAUCUUGGUGGCGAUCAGGAGGAUCCUGAGAUGAACCAAAUGGCUGCAAAGAAAAAUGUUUCUGAAUCGGAAAUUUCUGAUCUCAAUAGUGAUCCUGUUCCUGAUGGGGGAGCUGCGACUCAGCCAAACAGUGAGGCAUUGGAUGUGAGUAAUGUUGCAUCCGAAGCAAACUGGGCUAAUAGCAGUGAUGUCUGCAAUGACAUCGCUCAGAGAAAUCUUCCUUCCACUAACAAGUCCGACUUGAAUAUCAUGGUUGCUGACUCAUCAGAUAGUGGGAAGUUUGGUGAUCAUCAUCCAAAAUCAGAGUUUCCUCACCCAGAUGAUAUUCCAUUUCAGAAAAAACAAUCAAACCCUUACAGAAAUGUUGGAGAUGCCCUUCAGGAGUGGAAAGAAAGAGUCAACAUCUCUGUUGAUCUUCAGGAUGAUAAUGAGGAGUCACAGGAAGAAAUUGAGGAUGAGAAUGCUAACGAGUAUGGUUAUGUCUCUGAAUUUGAAAAAGGAACGGCUCAGGCACUGGGACCUGCUACAGCUGAGCAGAUGGAUGCUGAUGUCGAUGUCGAUGUCAAGAAGCCUGAUGAAAAUGCUGUUUCGGAAAAGGAAGAUGGUAGCAUUGAUAUGGAAAUAGAUGAGAAAAAUCCUGAAGAGCAUCCUAUUAAGCACUCUUCCUCCAUCAUUAAAAAUAGGGAGAAGGAACAGGUUCAGGUUUCUGAGUUAGAGGAGCAAGCAAAUCAUCUAUCCCCUGGAGACUCUAGUCAUGAUGAUGGUGAUCAAAGAAACAUUUCAGAGGGCUUGAUCUCUGUAAAGAAGUCCUACUUGAGUGAGGAUGUAUAUCAACUCAACAGACUUUCAAUAGGUGAAGAGGAAAUGGGGCAAGUCCAGGACCUUGAAGAAGCUGCAGGUGAUGUAAAAAAUAAUGCAACUGCUCUUUGGAAAAGAUAUGAGCUGCUUACAACAAGACUAUCCCAUGAGUUGGCUGAACAGCUACGUCUUGUUAUGGAACCCACUCUUGCCAGCAAACUCCAAGGGGAUUAUAAGACUGGCAAAAGGAUUAACAUGAAGAAGGUCAUUCCAUACAUAGCUAGUCACUACCAGAAAGAUAAAAUAUGGCUAAGGCGAACCAAACCAAAUAAGCGAGAUUACCAAGUUAUUAUUGCAGUUGAUGACUCUCAUAGUAUGGCAGAAAGUGGUUGUAGUGAGGUUGCUGUCAAAGCUUUAGUGACUGUUUGUCGUGCCAUGUCUCAAUUGGAAGUUGGAAAUUUGGCUGUUGCCAGCUUCGGGAAGAAAGGAAACAUAAGGUUGUUGCAUGAUUUUGAUCAGCCCUUCACUGGUGAAUCAGGUGUUAAGAUGAUUUCUAGUCUGACAUUCAAACAAGAGAAUACUAUCACGGAUGAACCAGUUGUUGAUCUGUUGAGGUUUUUAAAUAAGAAGUUGGAUGCUGCAGUUACAAAUGCAAGACUUCCUUCUGGACAAAACCCUCUACAGCAACUUGUUCUAAUUAUUGGGGAUGGCCGGCUACAUGAGAAGGAGAACUUGAAGCGCUGUGUUAGGGAUGUCUUAAGUAGUAAGCGAAUGGUUGCUUUCCUUAUUCUUGAUAGCCUGCAGGAAUCGAUCAUGGAUCUUCAGGAGGUAAUAACUAGUCAGGACAACAACAAUCAAUUUAAAAUCUCAGUUUCGAAAUAUCUAGAUUCUUUUCCCUUCCCAUACUACGUCGUAUUGGGGAAUAUCGAAGCACUUCCAAAGACCCUAGCUGAUUUAUUAAGACAGUGGUUCGAGCUCAUGCAGAAUUCAAGAGACUAGACACAUUUUUUGAUCGAAGGACGGAGAUGUGGAGAGGUUAAAGGGAUCACAAAUGAGGAAAUAUCCAACAAACUGUAUAAAGCUAAUUUGGGAGCUGCCUAGGAGAGACUGAAGAUGAUGAUGAUCCAGUCCAUGUACUUUACAGGUACAAAUAUGAUAAAGACAGCUUGUAUAUGGAAGCCAGCUAGAAAAGCUUCUUUGUGAAAUUGUCAUUAUCAUUUUUUUUAAUAGGAAAAAAAAUAUAGAAACAUUAAACUGGUUAAAAUGGGUAAACCAGUUUAACAUAGGUGUAUAGUUGGAUGUUUACUCCUUCGGGAAAGAAGAUGAAAGUUGUGAUCGAAAGGGCCAACCCAACCAUCAGCGUCUUAUAAUCUCAACUUUUAUGGUCCAAAUGUGAGAUAUCAUACCAUUUGGUCACCAUCAUUUGGUGCACGGUAUUGGUAAUUUACAUUAAUAAAUUUACUUACAUUGAAAUAA